CUGGGGCUUCCUCCCGUCCCCCGACGGCCUGAUCCUCUGGAGCGUGCCCGACGUCUGCAAAGACGUGGAUUUGGACGUCCUGGUGGACGCCCUGAAGCCCGUGGGCACCUUUAAGAAGAUCGGCAAGGUGUUCCGCCGGGAGGAGGACUCCACGGUGGGGAUGCUGCAGAUCGGGGAGGACGUGGACUGCCUGCUCAUCCCGCGCGAGGUGCGGCUGGCGGGGGGCGUCUGGAGGGUCAUCUCCAAGCCCGCCACCAAGGAAGCGGAAUUCCGGGAGCGGCUGACCCAGUUUCUGGAGGAAGAAGGCCGCACCCUGGAGGACGUGGCCCGCCUCCUGGAGAAGAGCACCCCGCACCCGCCCCAGCCCCCCCAAAAGCCCAAGGAGCCCCGAGCGAGGAGGAGAGUCCCGCAGAUGGUGACGCCCCCUCCCCGGCUGGUCGUGGGCACCUAUGACAGCAGCAACGCCAGCGACAGCGAGUUCAGCGACUUCGAGGCCUCGCGGAGGCCGGGCGACGAGGGCCGCAGGGGCCCCGCGCGCGGCCGGAAGGUGCGCAGGAUGCCGGUCAGCUACCUGGGCAGCAAGUUCCUGGGGAGCGACCUGGAGAGCGAGGACGACGAGGAGCUGGUGGAGGCCUUCCUCCGGCGCGGGGAGAGGCCGCCGGGCGCCCCCGCCCGCCGCCGCCUGAACCUGCCGGUGCCCCUGUUGGAGGACGGCCCGGGGCUGCGGCCGCCCAAAGGGGACCGGUGGCGGGGGUGCGUCGGCCAGGCGUCCUGGGGGAGGCUGAAGCGCAGGGUGAAGGGCUGGGCGCCCAGGUCCGGCCCCGGAGCGGGUGAGGCCCAGCAGGCCUCUGGCAGGGGGGAGAGGGAUGGGGUGCCCUGCAGCGCCAGUCAGGGGGAUCACGUGGGGAGCACAGGCGGUGGGCUGGUGCCUGAGGCCCCCCCACGGCGAUGGAGGCCCAAGAUUAAGUGGGCCUCCUUUAGGCUGCUCAGGAGGGAGGAAGCAGCAUCCACGGCUCUGGGGGCGGAGGCUGCAGCUGAUCAGAGGGCGGAGGCUGUGGGUAAUCAUAGAGUGGAGGUUGCAGCUGAUCAGAGGGCGGAGGCUGCAGCUGAUCAGAGGGUGGGGGCUGUGGGUAAUCAGAGGGCAGAGGCUGCAGCUGAUCAGAGGGCGGAGGCUGUGGGUAAUCAGAGGGUGGAGGCUGCAGCUGACCAGAGGGCAGAGGCUGUGGGUAAUCAGAGGGUGGAGGCUGUGGGCAAUCAGAGGGCAGAGGCUGUGGGUAAUCAGAGGGCGGAGGCUGUGGGCAAUCAGAGGGCAGAGGCUGUGGGUAAUCAUAGAGUGGAGGCUGCAGCUGAGAAGAGGGUGGAGGCUGCAGCUGAUCAGAGAGUGGAGGCUGCAGCUGAUCAGAGGGUGGAGGCUGCAGCUGAGAAGAGGGUGGAGGCUGCAAGGGUGGAGGCUGCAGCUGAUCAGAGGGCGGAGGCUGUGGGUGAUCAGAGAGUGGAGGCUGCAGCUGAUCAGAGGGUGGGGGCUGUGGGUAAUCAGAGGGCUGAGGCUUCCGCUGAAGCUGCCGCCUUAGCUGCCCCGGGAGCCACCGGAGCGACCCCAGGAGCCAGGGCCCGGAAACAGGUCAAGACAGUGAGGUUCCAGACGCCUGGGCGCUUUUCGUGGUUUCGCAAGCGCCGGAGAGCCUUCUGGCACACUCCCCGCUUGCCAACCGUGCCCAAGAGCGUCCCCAGGGCAGGCGAGGCCAGGGGCCUCAGGGUGCUGAGGGCCGAGGCCAGAGCAGAAGCGGAGCCGGAAGAGCAAGAGGACCUGCUGUGAGGGGGGCGGAAGCCAGAGAGCCCUGCCACCUGCCCCCUCACCGGCCACUCAGGGCGCCCCUCCCCCGCCCUUGGGCGGAGAUGUGUUUCGGCCUCCACGUGUGAAAAUGGAGGUGGAGUGAGGGCCAGCAGCACCCCUCAUCUCCACCUAACACCCCUUUUCUUUUCUUGUUAAAAUUUUAUCUUUCAUGCAUUGAUUUUAAAAAAAAAUACAGACUCUAUAGUAACCCAAGGAAUGGAAAGAAAGAGACCGGUAACUUCC